UGAAUCAUAUCCCGAGAACACCAUAUUAUCAAUCGAACGAGCAAUAGCUGAUGGUGCCGACGCCGUUGAAUUCGACAUACAAUUAACACUGGAUGGUGAGGUAAUCAUUCUACAUGAUGCAUCAUUGGAUCGUACGACAACGGGUGAGGGCAAAGUGUCGACCAAAAAUUUCCAUGGGUACAUCGAAUUCUUGACCACCAAGAAACCGCCUCACUGUAAAAUUCCCAGGUUUCAAGACAUUUUGGACCUCCUGUUGAAACCAGAAAAUUCCAGUGUUUGGGCGGUGAUUGAUGUGAAAAUUGAUAACUCUCCGGAAGUUCUGAUAGCGCUUUCAACCAUUCUAAAAAAUUAUGGUGAUUUAAAGGAUUUUAAGAGUAGAUUUAACCUAGGGAUCUGGCACCCAAAAUUUAUGCCGAUUGCUAGACAUUAUCUAUCCGAAUUACCCAUUGUACACAUUGGUUGUUCGGUGAAUGUCGCUAGAAGAUAUUUUUCGGACGUCGAUGGUUACAACAUGCUGUUUAUCUCGUUGUGCAAUUACGGUGGCAAAAAAUUCAUUGAAGAAGCCCAUGGACAAUUUAAACCGGUGUUCACUUGGACCGUCAAUAGGGAAGACCACGCGAAAAACUGUCAUGAUUGUGGAGUCGAUGCUAUAAUGACCGACAAACCGAAAUAUUUUUUGAGCUAUUUUGAAUCCGAUACCAACAAUAAUGCAAAUAGAUGGAAUAUCCACAUGAAGCUCCUUAUACCGACUAUUACCACCAAGGCUCCGCAACAGAGAUCCCCCGCUCAUCCCCAGCUAGCGUCUUAUCAAGGGCACAAUGAACAAUAUCCUUAUCCUCCUGCACACGUUCAAAAUUCCGAAAAUACCGACUUCCGAAGGCAGAAUCACAUUUCUCCCGAACAUGUCGUGAAUUUUGACCGUGAAAAGAUUGAAAGAAGAAGGUCCGCCCGUCACGUCGAACUCACUCGUGGAAAUCUGGUGUUGGACUGUCCCGUGCCAGAUAGGGUACUUCGCAACGUCAAUUACACUACCGGUGAUGAAUUCACCACCAUGAGGUACACUGCCGCGACUUGUGAUCCAGAUGAUUUCGUCGGAAACAAUUAUCUUCUGCGACCCUACAUUUAUGCUCGAAAAGUCGAACUCAUGAUCGUCAUGACGAUGUAUAAUGAGGAUGAUAAGCUUUUUCUUAAGACAAUGUCAUCCGUAAUUAAAAAUAUCGCUUUUCUUUGCACCCGAGAAAGAUCCAAGACUUGGGGCCACGACGGUUGGCAAAAGGUGGUCGUGGUGAUCGUGUCCGAUGGUCGCAACAAAAUUCACCCACGCGUUUUAAAAGUACUUGGAGCAAUGGGGGUUUAUCAAGAUGAUAUUAUGCAGAACAAUGUUGAUGGAAAACCUGUCACCGCACAUCUCUUUGAAUACACUUCCCAAUUGAGAGUCGACCACGAUUACAACGUCCGCGGCCUGGACAAGCAUGUUCCUCCUGUUCAGAUCUUGUUCUGCCUAAAAGAGAAGAAUGCCAAGAAGUUAAACUCUCAUCGUUGGUUUUUUAAUGCUUUUGCCACACAGUUAAAUCCAAAUGUCUGCGUGUUGCUCGAUGUUGGCACCAAGCCGUCCGACACUUCCAUCUAUCACUUGUGGAAAGCCUUUGAUCGUGAUCCUUCGAUCGGCGGCGCUUGUGGUGAAAUUAAAGCCGAGCUCGGAAAAGGAUGGAUGAACCUUGUCAACCCUUUGGUGGCUUCGCAAAAUUUUGAAUACAAGAUGUCCAAUAUCUUGGACAAACCUUUGGAAUCGGUGUUCGGUUAUAUUUCCGUGUUGCCCGGGGCCUUCUCGGCCUAUCGAUACAAAGCUCUACAGAAUGGCCCGACAGGCAGAGGUCCGUUGGCUUCAUACUUCAAGGGUGAAACCAUGCAUGGCGCUGGUGCCCAGGCUGGUAUCUUUGAAUCAAACAUGUACCUGGCCGAAGAUCGUAUUCUAUGUUUCGAACUCGUGGUCAAGAAGAAUCAAGCUUGGAAACUGAAAUACAGUGCAAAGGCAGAAACCGACGUGCCGGAUAAUGUACCGGAAUUCAUUUCUCAGCGACGUCGUUGGUUGAACGGAUCAUUCUUUGCUGCCUUCUAUUCGAUUGCGAACUUUUUGCGAAUUUGGACUUCUGGACAACCAUUAUAUCGCAAGCUUUUGUUACAAGUUGAAUUCUUAUAUAACGCCAUCCAAUUAUUCUUUAACUGGUUUUCCCUGGUAAGAACGAGGUUCCUGGUUGCACACGUCAUAACCUACUACCUUAUUUUGUCUCAUUCCGUUCUUUCGAUCCUAGGGUAA